AUUUUGAAGCGUUCAGUAUAUUAAACAGUCGCCAAGGAAGAAGUUUUGUUUGUUAAUCAAAAAGAAGCGAAUCAAGUGAAUGUUAAAGUGUGAAUUGAAUAUUGAAAACCAAUAUUCAAAGACAAUUUAGUCGAAAUUAAAGAGUGCUUAAAACAACAGCAGAAAACCACGACACGGACAACAUAUCAUCAGUUGUGUCCACAAUUUAUAUAUAUGAAGUUUUGAUGAAUUGAAUUACAAAGGCGCGCAUGAAAGAGAGUGUGUUAUAAGUUUCAAAGCCGGAAGGGGACUCACACGCGAUAUACAUAAAAUACGAGCGAAACAAACAAAAAAUUAUAAUAAUAAAUAAACUGCAACAAAAUGAAGUACACAAAUGCUAACGUAAAUUCGUCGAUUGAUUGUGCGUACAAAGACGUUGUUAUUAUUGGAAAUGGACCAAGUGGAAUUACAUUAUCAUAUAUGCUGGCAGGCAAUUGGCCGUAUUGGAAUGCAGAUAUAAGCAAUCAUCCGGAUGAAUUGUUGCGUGCACGAUUAAUAUGCGCUGAUUCUAAUAAAAGUUUAGUCGAACAAGAUCUCGUUGAAUUGGCUGAUGGCCUUGAGGGUCGUAGCACAAAUCCAGUUUCAUUGCUGUUGGACAGUUUACAAAAUCCAUGCGCUGAUAUUGGAUUAGAAAUGACAUCAAUGCUACAAUACCGUUAUCAAGCAGAUAAAGAAAUUGAUCACGUUGUAUUGGGCACUGGACCCCCGGGUGGUUCAUGGCAUCGAAUGGAUCCAAAUCUCCGUACAUUAUCGCUUGCAGCAUGGAUGUCAUUGCCCGGAUUGGAUUUUAAUACAUGGAUCGCUAAGCGCCACUUAGACGCAGCCAAUGAACAUUAUAACACAAAUAAUAAAAUGGCUACAGAAAUGAAACAAUUAAAAAAGAAACCAAAUUGCAACCACCAUCACUCCCAUAAAAUGAAUGAGAAUAAUUGGUGGCGAUGUUUUAGCAACAAUCGUUGUAACAACUGUAAUAUACAUAAUCAAUUUAUUUCCGAGAGAAAUGAUGUCUGCUCCAAGGUCCAAUCCAAAGCUCAUGCAAAUGAUGUAGAAGUUAAAUUAAGCAAUGACAACACAGUUGAAACUCAACUGGCGCUAACGCCAGUGCCGCGACGUGUAUUGUCGGUGCGAAGGCAGGUGUCACGAGAAGUACAAACCAGAGCACUCGUCUCUGAUGUUGCUCAAUAUUAUGAAAAUUAUGUUAAGGAAAUGAAUUUGGAACGAUAUUUUCACAACAACACCCUUGUUACAUGCGUUAAACCAAUAACAAGCUCAACCAAUAAACAUGUACGAUGGCUUGUUCGUGGCAUCCACACCAAUGGAACGUUUUUUGCGUAUACAUGUCAAAAUGUUGUACUUGCCAAUGGUGCAUCCGAUUUGGCCAAUCGGCUUGGUGUCAGCGGCGAAGGAUCCAUCGAAUGGAUUAAACAUGAUUUACCCGCAAUAGUUACAGUACUCGAACAAAUUCCCGAUACCGAACGAUCAAAAUUAAAGCCGGUGUUAGUGGUUGGUGCUGGAUUGAGUGCUGCAGAUGCUGUGACAAUAUGUCGAUCAUCUGGAAUCAGUGUCAUUCAUGUUUAUCGCAAUCGAUCGGCUGGUUUAGAUAAAAUGCUGCCCGAAACAGUGUAUCCUGAAUACCAUGAGGUACACAAAAUGAUGAAAGACAGUGUAAAUACAUACGAUUUAUAUAGCCCGAUGCCAGAGCAUACGAUUAUUGAAUUUAUUCCCGGUUCAUCAUCAGACAGUACAACACCGUUCCAUAAAGUAGUGCUAAAACAAUUAAAUACAGGCGAAAUUCGAACCGUUGAAGUAUCGUACUGUGCAAUUUUGAUUGGUUUUCGGGCUGAUUUACAAUUUCUCGACCCAACCAAUAAAACCGACGACAUAAAAACAAUUGAAUAUGAAACAUGCAAUGAUGGCAGCUAUAUAAUGAGAGAUUGUCAAUUGUUAACAUCACCAUAUAUUUUGUUUAGUCGAAAAAUUGCCUGGUUAAAGAAUUUAUGUGCAAAAUGUAAGCACUUGAGUAUCUGUGAACGUAGUCGUAAAUAUAAUAAUAUAGUACAUCGCCGGCCAAUUCAAUGUAACUGCACAACCGAAUCCCAAAACAAACAGAAUAGCAACCGAACCCAUAAUGACAAUAAUAACAAUAAUAAUAGCCUAAGUAGCAAUUGUGAUAAUACACUGAUCGAUUGUAAAGAUCCUGAGAAAACGUCUGGCAUUGUAACCGAACAAAAAACACUGGUGGUUGCACAACCAUUACCGCCACAAUCAUCAUCGCCACUUGGACUAGGUGAAGAUCCCACAAAACCAGUCGAUUGUAAAACAAAUCCAAUCGCCGUUGAUAAGUACACAAAUGAAGUGUUGAAUGUGCCAACAAAAGGCUUGUAUGCAAUGGGGCCAUUAGUUGGCGAUAAUUUCAUUCGUUUUAUACAAGGCGGAGCGUUGGCCAUCACAUCCUCACUAUGGGCAAAACGAUGACCUAAUCAACCUGUAUAAAAAAAAUCAUUCCAUCACAAUUUUGCUGAAUAUUUAUAUAUUUCUAUAUAAACGUAGAAUUUUGACACAGAAGCAAAGACAUGGUGUAACAUCGUACACCAUAUUUGCCUUCGCCAUAUGAAACAAAAAAAAAAUUGAAAAUUAUUAUUAUUAUGAAUGAUGUCAGAAGUGGAAAUGGAACUGCCUUAAACUUGCCAAUUAAAAAAUUGGCGAAAUAUGAAAACAAAUUCAUUCCAACCGCGAUUCAGAUUCAAUAAGCAUCACACAAUGGAUUUUCUUGAUCUCUGAAUCGCUGCACAUCUAAAUGUUUAUCUUUUUGUUCUCUUAGAUAGGCAGCUUUAAUACGGAUUUAAAUCUCUCAUUAAUUUUUCAAUACACUCCUUUUUUAUUUCGAAUUCUUAACCUUUGUGUGUGUGUGAGAGAGAGAAUGAAACCAGAUGAUUUUUUGUUAUUUUUUUAAUUAAAAAAUAUUGAAUCAUAUCACAGAACAAUGGACAGCAUUUUGCGAGUUAGUUCUAUAAGCGACCGAUUUUCACAAAAAUAUAUUUUUAUUACUAUUUUUUGUACUUUGGACAGAAUAAGCAUGGCAAAAUAAAUGUCAUCGAUUCAAAAAGAGGAUAUGGUCAUCUUGCUUUAGAUAAACAUGAAAAAAGCAAUUUAAAAAAAAAAUGAAUAUCAUUUUUAUCUCCUUUUGAAAUGGCAUUUAUAUCCGUCUUUGUGUGUGUCCGUGUAAAAUAUGUUCUUUUUUGUUAAAAUGUUUUUAUUUAAUAUAUAUUUCAAUAUUUUUUGCAAUUGUUAAUCAAAAUAAAAUUGUAAUCAAUCAACCAUUUGGCUUGUGAUAUGUUUAAGUUUAAGUGAACAAUGCGUGUAAACGAAUUGUUUUUGAGUGCCCUUUUUCUAAAUCAGACAAAAUAUAAAAAUAUCAAAUGAAACGCCCAAGAUCAAAACAAAUGAAUAAAAAAAAUCCAGAGAAACAAAUUUUGUUCAAAAGAAAUACCUUUGAAUACAACGAAUGUAUAAAAUAAAUGACUUUCGAAAACCAGCACCUAAAACAA